CUCGCCCCUCCAUAGCCCCAAGCCCAACCAAAAAGUUCGCGCCGGCAGAAAGAGCGUAUAAACAUUCAAUCUAUACGACUAACCACUGCGGUACACGUUUGACCACUUAACAACAACAACAACAUUCCCACAAAGGAAACAUGCCUUCUUCUCUUGAUCAGCUCAAGUCCACUGGCACCACCGUCGUCUGCGACAGCGGUGACUUCGCCACGAUCGACAAGUACAAGCCGCAAGAUGCCACCACCAACCCGUCCUUGAUCCUCGCAGCAUCGAAGAAGCCCGAGUAUGCAAAGCUUAUCGACGAGGCCGUCAAGUACGGCAAGGAGCACGGCAAGGACAUCGACAACCAGGUGGACGCUACGCUCGACAACCUGCUCGUACAGUUCGGCUCCGAGAUCUUGAAGAUCGUGCCGGGCAAGGUGUCGACAGAGGUGGAUGCUGCCUUUUCCUUCGACAAGGAGGCAAGCAUUGAGAAGGCUCUCCACAUCAUUGAUCUUUACAAGGAGAAGGGCAUUGACAAGUCCCGCAUCCUCAUCAAGCUCGCUUCAACCUGGGAGGGCAUCAAGGCCGCACAAGAGCUCCAGAGCAAGCACGGCAUUAACUGCAAUUUGACGCUUAUGUUCUCCCUCGUGCAAGCCAUCGCCGCCGCGGAAGCGGGCGCUUUCCUGAUUUCUCCCUUCGUCGGCCGCAUCCUUGACUGGUACAAGGCCAACACCAAGCAAGAAUACACCAAGGAGAACGACCCGGGUGUGAAGUCCGUGCAGCAGAUCUUCAACUACUACAAGAAGUACGACUACAAGACCAUCGUCAUGGGCGCAUCAUUCCGUAACAUUGGCGAGAUCACGGAGCUUGCGGGCUGCGAUUACCUUACCAUUGCGCCGAACUUGCUCGAGCAACUCUACAACAGCCAAGACUCUGUGCCGAAGAAGCUGAUCGCUGAGGAUGCCUCGUCGCUAGAUAUCCAGAAGAAGAGCUACAUUAACGCAGAGGCUGCUUUCCGGUUCGACUUCAAUGAGGAGACAAUGGCCGUGCACAAGCUGUCCGAGGGCAUUAGCAAGUUCGCCGCCGAUGCCGUUACGCUCAAGGGCAUUCUGCGGGAGAAGAUUGAGAAGGCAUAGACGUGCUGAAGCGAUGUUGAUGUGGUUCUAAGGUGCUAGGGUAACAAUGCUAGUAUGGUCACUGGCGUGUUGACAGCUGGUACAUAGCGAUGAUAAUCAGGUCUCAAAAGGAAUUAUCUGUCGGGUGGACCGCAGGCUGUAAAAAGGAUGGUGCUACAACCUUCGUCUGUGACGUUCGAAGGAUUCUUAUCCUCUGGCCAAGAAAUUCACCAUCUUGCUUUUGGUGGCCUUUCAGCACACGUCUCCUAGGAGCGAAGACGCCGGCCUCGCUCUCUCCUGCCGUAAUGGUCUGGCUUGCCUGGCUUACGGAUCGUUGUCGCCGAAGGGCGCCGGUCUCCAUGAAUGACGCUGAGGUGGGGAGCUGGUCAAGGUGGGGUCGUUCUCGUCUUCGACAGCCACCCUCUUCUUGCAAAACUUUGCAGUGAGAACGGUACAUACACCAGAUUAAAAAGAGAUCUGUAUAUACAAAUAGUCAAGA